GACUAAUGCCUCAAUGCUUGGUUCGUUUUCAAUUUAAAUAAACUUUGCUCUUUUUUUCAGUCUAAAUUGCUAUUUUUUUUCAUCACCAAUUCACCAAUUUAUUGUUCUAGUUUAUUAUUCUAUUAUCCUUCUAUUAUCUUGCUAUUAUCUUGCUAUUAUCUUGUUAUUGCAUCUGCCACCAUGUCUUUUCACCAAGCUGACCACAACCUUUUGAUGAUUCCAGGAUCCAUCGAGGUUUCCGACAAAGUUUUACUAGCUAACGCUUCUCCAUCUUUAUCUCACACCCAUCAACCCUUUAUUGGAAUUUUCCAAAGUGUUUUGCAAAACCUUAGAAAAUUAUUGAAAUCAACAAAUCCAAAUGAUCAAGCCUAUGUUUUAUCUGGUUCUGGUACUUUAGGCUGGGAUAUCGUCGCUUCAAACUUGAUUCAACCAAAUGAAAAUGCUUUAUUACUUUCCACUGGAUUUUUUUCUGAUUCCUUUGCCGAUUGUUUAACAACUUAUGGUGCCAAAGUCGAUAAAUUGGUUGCUCCAUUGGGUGGCGUGGUUUCAUACGACUUGAUUGAAAAGCAAUUAGCUUCAAAGAAUUAUAAAAUUAUAACCAUCACCCAUGUUGAUACCUCAACUGCCGUUGUCUCCAAUUUGGAAGAAAUUUCCAAAGUUGUUAAAAAAGUCUCUCCUGAAACUUUGAUUAUUGUUGAUGGUGUUUGUUCUGUUGCGGUUGAAGAUAUUCAAUUUGACAAUUGGGGAUUGGAUUUUGUCUUGACUGCUUCUCAGAAGGCAAUUGGUGUUCCACCAGGAUUGUGUAUUUUGUUUGCAUCUGAAAGAGCAGUUAAUACUGCUUUAAACAGAUCAACCUCGAGCACUUUUUUUGCUUCAUUAAAAAGAUGGCAUCCAAUUAUGCAAAACUAUGAAAACAAUAAACCUUCAUAUUUUGCUACUCCUUCUUGUCAAUUGAUUAAUGCAUUAAACACCUCAUUAAAUGAAAUUUUAUCAAAGGAUUUAGAUCAAAGAUUUGCUAAACACAUUAGUUCAUCAAUUUUUCUUAAAUCGAGUUUGAAAGAUUUGGGAUUAGAAUUGGUGUCGAAGGAAAAAGUGGGCGCUAAUGGAUUGACUGCAGCCUAUUUUCCAAAAGGUAUUGAUGGCAGUCUAUUUCUAUCGUCAAUUUACAAGAAGGGUAUUGUUUUGGCUGGUGGAAUCCACAAGGAUAUUGUUGGGAAAUAUUUUAGAAUUGGACAUAUGGGAGUUUCUGUGGUUGAAAGAGACGAUGUCGAGCUUGUUUUGAGUGCCAUUAAAGAGACUUUGAGUGAAUUAGGUUAUUCCAAAUGAACAAUGAAAAAUACACAAGACGAUGGUCAAUUUAUACGGACUACAAUUUGAUUUAUAGAUUUUUUAUUUUUUUUUCUCUUUUUUG